GACGAAAUGGAGCUAUCAAUCGCCUUCCUUCUCAGUGCGCUCCUCGUUGUCGCUGCUUCAUCCCCGUCUCCCGGAAUCGUAGACGGAGUAGCCCGGGGAUUAGUAGACGGAGUUGCUAAUAGAGUUGUCAACGAUUUAGCAGAAACAGCCGAGCAUUUAUUAAAUGGCGCCCUAAUUGGUGGACAUCAUGGGGAACACUCGCACGGUAAUCUUCCUCUAAGAGAUAUAAUUGGCCACGUGAGAGAUCUCUUCGGUAUCGAAGAAAUCCACGGAACUAGCUACUGCUCGUGUCCCAAUGAAGAAAGCUACUCGCACCAUCGUCAACGCUACCGCGACAAUUACGAAUCGAACAAGUAUCGAACGCAGCCAGUCGUUUUUCCAAAUUAAUCUUCACCACUAGAUACUUAAAUAAAUUCCUUUUU